CUCCGGACCCACACCGAACGGCGAUUUCAGUUUCUCCUGUUCGGUGGCAUAAAAAUAAAAUUAGAAAAUCAUGAGACGUCCCUUGAACACCGUUAUAGAGCUCAAGGCGCCUCUUCUUCUUCUUCUUUUUCUUCACUCCCUCUCUCCCGUCACCGUUAACGCCUCCGUGGAAUUUCGAAACGUUUUAAAUCCCCCGAGGAGAUCUCUCACCCUUGCCGGAACCAGAAAGCUGCGGUUGCUGCACUGGAGAGCGAUGGCCACUGCUUCUGAACUGGAGCCGGUGGUGGUUCCGGUGAAAGAGCAGAUUGAACUGACGGAGACGGAGAAGAAGAUUUUCUAUAGGCUCCUUGGCACUCUUCGCUACUUCGAUCUCCAGACGCAACUCCGUGUUGCCGGCGGCUGGGUCCGCGAUAAGCUUCUUGGAAAAGAAUGUUACGAUAUUGAUAUUGCACUUGACAAUAUGUUGGGCAGUGAAUUUGUUGAUAAGGUCAGUAAUCCUGAGCAAUCCAAACACUUAGAAACAGCAAGGAUGCGCCUGUUUGAUUUAUGGAUUGAUUUUGUGAACUUAAGGUGUGAAGACUAUAGUGAGAACAGCCGAAUCCCUAAAUUGAAAUUUGGCACAGCAGAGGAGGAUGCAUAUCGAAGGGAUUUGACAAUCAAUAGCUUGUUCUAUAAUAUUAAUAAUAGCAUGGUUGAAGAUUUUACUAAAAGAGGGAUUGCAGAUCUAAAAUCUGGAAAGAUAGUAACUCCAUUACCUCCAAAGGCUACAUUUCUGGAUGAUUCCCUACGAGUUCUUUGAGCCAUUUGCUUUGGAAAAAGGGAGGAAGUUGAAUUUGAUAAUGGUAUACUUGGGAGUAAUAGUGUUAACUAAGGCAGAAUGUAUUGGAAACAAGGAUGUAUUGGAAACUUGUAGUAUUCUGAGGUGAAAGCUGGAGAUAGAACAGGCUUGCUUGCCAAUACCAGAAGGGAGUCAACCUGUGUUUAAUGAAUGGUUAAACAGAUA